AUGAAUUGUCGCUCGGAGGUGUUGGAGGUGUCCCUGGAGGCCCGGCAGGUGGAUGAGGCCAUGGCGGCGCUGCUGCACACCAUCAUCCUGCACCGCAGCACCGGGAAGUUCCACUAUAAGAAGGAGGGGACGUACUGUAUGGGGACAGUGGGGACACAAGACGUGGACUGCGACUUCAUCGACUUCACCUACGUGAGGGUUUCAUCCGACGAGCUCGAGCGCGUCAUCAGGAAGACCGUCAACGAGUUUAAGGAUGCUCUCGGGAACUCGGGCAGCGACGGAAUGGGUCAGAUCUCUUUGGAGUUCUACCAGAAAAAGAAGUCGCGCUGGCCCUUCUCGGACGAGUGUAUCCCCUGGGAGGUGUGGACCAUCAAGGUGAACGUGGUGAACCUGGCCAACGAGCAGGAGCGUCAGAUCUGCAGGGAGAAGGUGGGCGAGAAACUCGGCGAGAAGGUCAUCAACAUCGUGGAGGUCAUCAACCGGCACGAGUACCUUCCCAAGAUGCCCACGCAGUCCGAGGUGGACAACGUGUUCGACACCAGCCUGAAGGACGUCCAGCCGUACCUGUACAAGAUCACGUAUCAGAUCACGGAUUCUCUCGGGACGUCGGUGAGCACCACCAUGAGGAGGCUCAUCAAAGACACGCUGGCGCUGUAACAGGGUUCUGAAGAGUCCUGAGGACACGAAUCCACACUCGUCCAUCAGAAAUAAACUAGCAGUCUAAAUAUAAUUAUAUAUAAUUAAAUAAUUAACAUAUAAACAAUCAUUUAUUCAAAAUAUAAAAGCUUGGACACGUCUGAUGUCUCCACCUCACCACGGCGUUUCAGUGCCACGUUAAAACAAAUGUACAAAUCGGAUAUUUCGGGAAUGAAGUCGUAACCCUGGACCCCGGCUGAAGUACUGGUGAUGUUGGAAACAAGAUUUUAAAUAUCCCACAGAUGUAAACCAUCGAUAUCCUUCAGACUGCAGAAAAGAGACGAUUUCCUUAAAGAACGUCUGAUUUCUGUUUAUUUUAUUACUAAUUAUAACUUCAUGCUGAUGCGGCAAAACACAUUGAAUUUUCUUAUUCCUCAAUAAAUCCUGAAAUACGAUUUAACCAAAUCCUCCACAUCCAGUUUACACAAAACAACUAAAUGUUUCUUAAAAUAUUACGACUUUAUUCUCAAAAUAUUAAUAUGUAAAAUAUUUAGACUUUAUUUUCUUUAGAUCUUUAGAAAGUGGCUGCUGUUCCUCUUCAUCUACAGUGUUUGUGUUAAAAUAGUACAAAGAGAAGAGUGUGUAUGAACAAACGCUUGUGGUGGUGUAAAUCCUCAGCAUGGUCAUGUGAUGUUCUCUGUCCUCUGAUAAAUAUAGAUUUCUUUUUUUGUACAGUGUAAAAAGUGAUUUUUUUAAAGAAUAAACCUGAAACCGUGUCUGAUUGA